AAAAUAAUUAAAAAAAAAAAAUAAUAAUUUAAAAGUACUUUAAAGAGAGAGAAAAUGGAUGAUUUAAAUAAAUAGUAUGUAAAAAGACUUUCGAAGUACUUCAUAAAGGAAAAAAAUAGAUAAUUAUAAAAUAGUUUAAUGCUUUUCAUGAUUAUGUAGAAUUCUCCAGAAUGCCAAGAGCAAGUUCUCACUCCAUAAUCUUCAGCAUACGAAAUAGAUCAAUAUUUUAAUUCUAAAUCAUAAAUGACAGAAUUAAUUAAAAAGAUUGAUUUAACAUUGCAAGAUUAGUACUUUUAAAAGAAUUACCCUUAAAGCUUCUCCUCUUAAUCUAGUAUUUCUAGCGAUUUUAAGAGUGAAAGUAAUCCAAUAUCAAAAGUUAAAAAACUAGGACAGAAAGAGGAAAAAUAAAUUUUAUAGGUAGAAAAUCUCAUACAAAAGAAUGAAAAACCGGACUCAAAUAAUGAACAAAAAAAAAUUGAUUUAGAAUAAUCGAAUGAUAAAAGAAAAUUUAUUGAGAUCUGUGAUCAAGAAAAUAUUGAAGAGAUAAUUUAUAAAAAAGUAAAGUCAGAUUGGAUGAAUCCCUAAAAUAAUUCAGAAAUGCUUUAAUAAUUGAGUAAUAAUGAUGGUGAUAUAUGUAAAUCAAACUAAGAAAGUAUCAGCUCUUUAUAAUAAGAAAAUUUAGAUUGCAAAUAAUUAUAAAAUGAAUCCUAACCUAUUUAAAAAUAAGGGGAAGGAUCAAUAAUCUUAAGCUUAGCUAAAGUAAAGGAAAAAGAGCAAGAAGAAAAUUAAAAAGAAAGUACUGUAGACGCACUCUAGGCAAUUAAUAAUGAAUAAAAUUUUAGUUUAAAAAGUAGUUAGGAAAAGAUAAACUAAAAGUUUGUUGAUACUCAUUAAGGAUAAAAUAUUUAAGAAUAAGUAAAGCCAUAAGAAGAUAAAGCAGAUGUUACUGAUAGUUAAAAGGACUAUGUUGAAAAUAAAAAGGAUGAACUAGAUAGUAAAAAUGUUGAAAUUGACAGUAAAAAAGAUGAGAUGGAAACUGAAAGAGAUGAUGUUAAAAUUAAGCAAGAUAAUAUUGAAAGUAAAAAUGAUCAGACUAAUGCAAGUAAUCUUUCAAAAGAAAUAUGCACAGUAUAGGAUUAAAAUAAUGAUGACAAUAUUUCUCUAAGAUAAUAAGCAUAAGAAAUAAAUUAAAUAAUAAUUUUAAAUAGUGAUUAGAAAGAUUUAGAAAAUAAUGUUGAAUAAAGCUAAAUAGUAAAUGAGAAAUUUGAUACUUGUUAAUUAGUAGAAAAUAAAUAAGUAAAUGAAGAAUAGGAAUAGGCAGCUAUUCAAAGUCAAGUGAUAGAAUAGGAAGAAAAAGAAGAAAACAUAUAAAAGAAUGAAAUAGAAAUUCAAUGCGAUAAAGGCUAGACAGAAGAUAAAAUAAAUAUUCAAAGCAUUAAUUAGGUUGAAAAUUAAAUGAAUUCAAGUAUUGAGAAAAAUAAUGAGGGAUUUGACAAGAACCUAGCUUAGUAAGAAUAGGAUAAUUUAAAAGAUUUAUUAAUUGAAGACUCUUAAACAAAUAUUGAAUUUGUAAAAUAAUUGAAGAAUGAUAGAGAAGAGGAGAGUUAAACAAUCGUUUUAAAAAAUGAUUUCCAAAGAGAUGAUCAAAAUAGCACUGAUUAAAUAAAAUAAGAUAAAGAUUUGAUUCCAAAUUAAAUUGAUAGCUUAAAAAAUAAUUGUGAUAGCAAAUAGUUAGAGAAUAGUGAAAUGUAGGUCGAAAAUUAAGAAAAUUAAAGCAAUAGUGUAAAAAAUAGAGCUAUUUAAGGUGAAGAAGAAUAAAUGGAAAUUGAACAAGAAAAUUGUAAUAACAAAGAUAUGAACUAGAAUGAAAAGAAGUAGGUUUGUAUUGAAAUAUCUGAUGGAGCUAAUGAAGAUGAGUGUGCUAAUACAAAUCAAAUACUAAAUGAUCAAAAUGGUUAGCACUUGCCUGAAAAAUAGGAAGUAGAAAUUUAAGAAAAUAAACAAAAUGUUUAAUAACUAAAAGAAUUUGAAGUUUAGGAAAAAAGUUAAAAACCAAAGGAUAUUAUUUAAUUAGAAGAUGAUGAUAAUGAUGAAAAUACUAAAAAUAGCACCAUUCAACUAGCAUAAGGAAAUAAAUAAGAAAAUAAAACAUCAUAAAUUAUUAAUGAAGCUGAAGAAAUAGAUUCUACCGAAAUAGAUCCUUAAGAAAUAAUAAACUUAUACUCUUUAGAAUUUUUUACAAGGAAGUAGAAAUAUUUAUAAGAUAUUUUAGAGAAGAAGUAAGAAGAUUAAAAAAAUUAGCAAGAUACUCAAUCCUAUCAAAACACUUAUUUGAAAUAAAAUAAUCAUGCAACUUACAAGCAAGGUGAUCAAAAGUCGUAAGCAUUACGUAAAUAAAAGGAAGAUAUUAAGUGGGGUAUUGAAACUAAAAGUGCAAAUAUAAAAAAUGAUGAUAUCUAAAAGUAUAUAUAGCCAAGCCAAAACUCUAAUAUUGCUUAGACUAGCUAAUAGCCUUCAGAGUCAGCAAAAAGUUCUAUCCAAAAAAGUAAAUUAGUUCAAAGUGAGAUAAAUUCUGCUUAAAAAGACCAAGCCUUUCCAACAAACAGAUAAAAUAGUAAGAGUCUUUCAUUACAAUAAAAUAGUUAGCAAGAUAAAUUAUCCAAGCCAAAUACUUAACAGAAGUAGGAGUAAAAGAUUAAAGAAAGCAAAACAAAAAACAACAGCAACUAGAAAAAAGCUUAACCUAUCGAAAAUAAGUAAAGUGUAGAAUAAUAAAAAUAAGAGUAAGCUAAAUAAUAAUAAUAAUAAUUAGAGCAGCAAAUAUAAAAUUAAAAAAUGAUGGAAUAAAGGGUCAAAUAAUUUUCAUAAAACGUUUCACUGAUAAAUAUUUAAGAUUCACGUAAAAAUGUACCUAAAAAUGCUCCAUAAUAGUAAAAAUAAGUGGACAUAAUUGACUUAGAAAGCAGUGAUGAUGAGCAGAAAUAGAAAGGAGGUAAAGAUCCUUAUAUUACUAUUGAUUCGGAUGGUAAGCUACCUCAAUAAAAGCACUAAGAAAUAGAAAUCAGGAAAAUGGAUAAAACUAAUAAUAAUAAUAAUCAGAAUAGCUCAAGUAUUGAAAUAACAUAAAAUCCACAGAAUAAAUUUAAAUAAGGAAGUGACAUAUAAUAAGAGAAAAAUAUAAUUAUGAAGUAACAAACAAUAGACUUAGAAGAUGACUCUGACGUAUAAGAAACAUCAAACAGAUAAUAGUUCCUUAUUCAAUAAUAAAAUUAAAGUAAAAGGCAAUAAUAACACAUAGAUUUGCAAUAUUAGCAUCCAUAGCUUCUCAUUUAGCAAUAAAUUAAUAACUAACAGUAAUAGAAAUAUAAAAAGUAACAGACUCCUCAGUAGAUUUAGCAGGUAAGUAUCUCAGACGAUGAAGAUUCUAAUAAUAGAUAAUUCAAUUAGCAAAAGUAACCUAGAGUUCCAUAUAACAUGCAUCACUAAUCUCACUUAUUUCCUGAGGGAUCUAUCAUAUCUUAUUAAUUUUAACCCCUCCCUCAAAGCGGCCUUUAAGGUACUAUCUCUCAAGGCAUUCCUCCCCAUUUGCCUCAAUAUAUACACUAAUAUCCCUAGCCCCCUCUACCGCAUUAACCCUAUUAUGCUCCCUAUUUUCCAUAUUAGUCAGUUUAACCACAUUUAGCUAACUAAUUACAAGGAAUUCCAUAGUAAGAGGAGCUAUCAUUCCAUGGAAAGGAUAGUAAUGAAGAAUAUUAUAUGUUAAACCAGCAAUAGUAGUAUAGAUCUAAAGAUAUUGGUAAAAGAGAUAAUGGCUAGUAAAAAGAUAGGAACAAUUCUAGCGCAAAUAAAAAUAUUAGUACAAAUAAUAAUGCUUGUGAUAUUAGUUCAAGUGAAUCACUUUAACCUCCUAAUGUAAAUAGUAAAAUUUAAAGUAGUAAUUAACAAAUGUUGCAAUAGAAUCAGAAAAAGUAAUAACCCAUACAAUAAGCUCCUAUUUAAUACAAGUAAUUUAUUAAUUAAGGGCCAAUUUAAUUAUAACCACCAAAUAGUUCUCAAUUUCAUUAACAAAACCAAUUUUCUAUGGGUUACGAUAUGGCAAACUAUAUGAAUUAAUAAGGAUAUGCACUUCAAAUGGCAUAAAGAGGAUACCCGUAUGUACCUUAAACUAUACAAACUGCUAAUGGACCUUGUUUAAUUUAUGGAAAUUAAUUUCCAGAAAACUAACUUUCAACAGAAAAAGACACAAAACUUGGAGGAUUAGAAUAUUCAUCUUUAAGCGGAGGGUUAGACUAGCAAAAUGCUGCAUAAGAAAACAAAAUAUCCAAAGCUUAAGAAAUUCUUUUGUAUGCUAUGCAAGUUGGGCAAACAGAAAACUUUGAUAAAAUUAUGCAAGUAAAUGAAUAAAAGGAGAAACAUAAAAAACCUGAUACAAGCAAACCCACAGACGUUGAGUGCACAAAAAAUUUGUUGAGAAACUUAAACUAAACAAUGCUAAGAUUCCUUUAACGUAGCAAAAUCUCUAAAAAUAUGAUGGCAUAGUAUUUUUAAGAUUAUGAAAACGGAGAUGAAGAAAUCGAAAAAUUUAAGAAAUGGGCUCUAGGCUAAAAAAUGGAUAACUUUUAAUAGUGUAGGAAUCUGUGGAUUUACAAUGAAUCAACUCCAAAUUAUGAGUAUUUGAAGCUUUUUAGAGAAAUUCAAUUUGAAUUUUUCAGCAAUUCCUCUUGCCCUGCUAUAUUUUAUUCAAAAGUUCGCAAUCAAGAAAGUAAAAGAACUCAUCUUAAAUAUAUUAGCUCUUUCUUAGAAGGAAUAGUAUAUCCAAAUAGUUUUACUUGCUUUAAAAAAUCAAGUAAACUUAAAGAGUAAGAAAAAGAAAUUCAGCUACGAAAAUAAAAUAAUUUUUCAGAUCAAAUGUCUUCUCCUAUGGAAAAAAGUAAUUUGUAACACGAAAACAGAGCCAUUAAGUAUAAUCAAACAAAUGAAAUUGAAAAGGAGGAGUACAUAGAAAGUUUACCAGAGGUAGAAGAAGAUGAAAAAUUAUUAAGCGGUGAAGGUGAAAAAGAAAUUGAAAAAACUAUUGAAAUCUAAAGCUUAAAGUAAUACACUAUAAAAGACAAAUCUUUUCAAGAAAAUAUUGGUUAAUAUGACAAAACAAUAGAAAUCAAAUAGCCUUGA